AUGGGUGAAGUUAAGUUGCAUGGAAAUUGGGCUAGUCCCUUCAGUUGCAGGGUGAUAUGGGCUCUUGAAAUCAAAGGCAUAGCAUAUGAAAACAUUGAAGAAGCUCUUCCUAAUAAGAGUGAUUUGCUUUUGCAGUACAAUCCUGUUUAUAAGAAGAUCCCAGUUCUUGUUCAUGCUGGAAAACCCAUCAGUGAAUCUAUGGUGAUUGUUGAAUAUAUUGAAGAAAUAUGGCCUCAAAAUCCCUUGCUGCCAACUCACUCUUACGACAGAGCUCUCGCUAGAAUUUGGAUUAAAUUUGCCAAUGACAAGAGUCCUUUAAUGUGGGUAAUUUAUAGAACCGAAGGUUUAGAACAAGAAAAAGCAGUAAAGGAUUGUGUUGAGAUGCUACGGAUGAUAGAAGAACAUGGCCUGGAAAAUAAGAAAUUUUUUGGUGGGGACAAAAUUAACAUGGUAGACAUUGCGUUCGGCGGGAUUGCUCAUUGGUUGGGGGUGAUCGAAGAUGUUGUAGGCAUUAAGCUACUCGAAGCCAACAAGUUCCCUCGUUUAAAAGCAUGGAUCAACAAUUUCAAGCAACACUCGAUCAUCAAGGAUAAUCUUCCCGAUAGAGAAAAGCUUUUCUUCUUUCUAAAGCAAAGGAGAGAAAUGUUGUUAGCAUCUAAAUGA